UUGCUGACGAUAAGCUUUUUUCUUUAUUUUGCCAUGGCUUCUCAGAGCUAUCCAACACUUGGGUUUGGUCUUCUUCAAGAGUUAGGAACUAACGAAAUCAUCAAAAAGAGCCGGGCUUGUGUUGUGAAUCUUGGGGGAAGAAAACAUGACUUAAUACUAGAAACUUCUUUUAACCUUAAACCACAUCUCUUGGAGCCAUUGGAACCUUUUUGUUCUUUGAGCAAGUCUAAUCACGUUGUAGAGUUCGAUUCAACCAUGAUGAAGCCUAGCCUCAUUAAUGGUCAUGAGACCAGACCAGAACCUCUCUGUUUAAGCUUGGGAAUCACCGAGCAGUGUGCACGACAAAAGAAGGUGACAGAGUUCCUUUUGUCUAUAUCAGAAGAACUCAAAGAAGGAGGAUUGGAUUUGUCUCUGCUAUCAUUGAUGGAUUUAGAAGCUUUAAGAUCAAGUUCUCAGCUGCCAAAUGCUUCCUCCUCUCUACUUUACUUGGAUGGUAGCGUUCUCUUAUCAAGUAGCAGAGCUGAGUUCAAUGAUUUGGUUUCUACCGCAGCUGAGUUUCAUAAGAUAAGGAACAACUCUACAAGAUGGAGAAAGCUCUCACGGCUUGUCCCGCAGUUUCAGCGAUUCGACAGUGAAGUAUUAACAGACACUCUGCAGCUACCCGCGGCUAAGCUUGACUCAGUUACACUAGCUCCUCCAGAGAAUCCGAAGAAAACAAGGCUCAAGCCUUCACCAAAGAAACAAAACCCGAAGAUAAGAGAUAAGGAAACAGACCUCUACAAAAGAAACCAUCUUCAUGCAUGUGAGAGCCUUAUCUCUCUGAUGAUAGGCGAUGAAAAACAUAGACAAACCACAAUGCUAUCUCUAAAGAAAUCACGUGGAGAACUCUUGGAGCUUUUGACUCAGUUUUCAAUUGGCAUAGCUGGAACCGGUAUCGCUGUGCUCUUCUCUCUGGUUUGUAAUGUUGCUUCCAGGCGGGUACCCUUUUGCGCAAACAAAGUCUUCGAGAGUGCACUGAGUUUAAGUUUGGUAUUGCUCUCGUGGUCGGUGAGUAGACUCAGGGUAGCCAUUGUUGAUGUCAAUAAGAAAGCUAUUAAGGAAGAAGAAAUCACAAACAAAGUGGAAAGAAGAAUCAAGGAAGUUUACUUCAGAACUGCGACAGUUAUUGCCAUGGUUGCACUUAGGUUUGGUUGAAUGUUGAGAUGCUGAUGAUUUGGAGUCAAGUUUCUAACUCCAUUGAUGGCUUGUUUAAAGGUUAAUUUGUACUUGUAAGGUUGUUGAUAAAGGGAUUUUGUAAAGA